CAAGUGAGAAGAAUGAGGAACAGUAAAUAAAACCAAAUUUACUUGCACAAAUGAAACAAGGAAAUACACUGCUCUAAGAAAUCACAUGGAGGUGCUCUUGUGCUCACAUGACAGUCUGAGCCAUGGCAGGAGAGAUCACUGAAGGCUCAGUUCCUGCCUAUUACAGGGAAGUAUAUGAGGCCAUCUGCUCUAGGACAGAUGAGCGAGUGCAGGUUGAAGUUUUUCAACGGCUGCUCCAAAGGACCGAUCUCUCCAAGGCAGUCUUAGGCCAGAUUGCUGAGCAUGUUGACUCCACAGAUGGAUUCCUGAGCAAGUUGUCAGUCUAUAAAGCGCUCGCUUUGAUUGCUCUUGCGCAGCAAGGAAAGCAACCAAGCCCCAAACUCUUGGAGAACUGCAUACAAGAGUUACCAAAACCUCAUCUCGGGGAGCCGAGGGACUUGAGUGCACUGAGGAUGCAGCCAGCUCAGGAGGACGUACUGACGGUGUCCCAGACGCUGGACAAACUGCUGGCCAGAGACAUAGUCCAGGUGGAGCUCAUACCUGAGAAGAAGGGCUUGUUCCUCAAACAUGUGGAGUACCAGGUCACCAGCCAGCGUUAUAAGAUAUCAGUGUACCGGCGCUAUAGUGAUUUUGAUGUCUUCCAUGAGGUUUUGCUUCAGAGAUUUGCCUACAGAGUGGUGCCGGCACUGCCGCCUAAAAGGAUGUUAAAGGGAGUCCUGACCUCCGUGUCUGAGCGUGAGUUCAUUGAGGGGAGGAGACGUGCUCUUGGCAGAUUCAUUAACUUGGUGGCACGGCAUCCCUUCUUCUCAGAGGACGAGCUGGUCAAGACCUUCCUCACCUUCAGUGGCUCCGAUGUUCAGACUAAGCUGCGUGACACUUACAAGAAAACGGGCGAUGAGUUCAUGACAAACAGAAUCGCAACCCUUGCAAAGGAAUAUCUCCCCCCUGACAUUCAGUCUCAGUUCUCGACGAGCAGAGAGCUGAUUAGAAAUAUUCACAACAGCUUCCACAAGUUGCGGGACAGAGCUGAGAAAAUGGCGGAGCGCUCAAAGGAGAAUGCAACUGAUCUUCUCAUGUUUGGCAGAGAGCUCAGUACGCUGGGCUCAGAUGCUUCGUCUCUUCCCUCCUUGGCCUCUUCACAAAGCACCUGGGGGACCCUGCGUCAGUCUCUGAAGAGUCUGUCUGUGGAGUUUGCUGUGCUAUCCGACAAAGCGGCUCAGCAGGGCAGACGGGAAGAGGACGAUGUUGUGGAAAAACUAAAUAUUUUCCUGGAUUUGCUGCAGUCGUACAGAGAUCUCUGUGAGCGGCAUGAGAAGGGUGUGCUCCACGAGCACCAGAGGGCUCUGCACAAGUACGGCAUGAUGAAGAGGCAGAUGAUGAGCGCCACAGUGCAGCCCAAAGAGCAGGCAUCUGUGGAGCAGCUGGAAUCACGAAUUGUUCAGCAAGAAAACGCCAUUCAAACCAUGGAGCUGCGCAACUACUUCUCCCUGUUCUGCCUUUAUCAAGAGACACAGCUUAUCUUCAUCUACCUUCCAAUCACAUCGCACAUUCUCGGGGCUUUUGUUAACUCCCAGGUCCAAGGACACAGAGAGAUGGGAGAGGUAUGGAAUGAACUCCAGCCAAAGCUUGGAUGUCUCUUUGGUGGUGGGAACGGAUUGAAACCCCCCAUCUGAAACCUAACUACGCGAGGUGGAGGGAGAGAAACACAGCCAUGGGGAGGAUCACAAACUGGAAAAUAACUUGCUCUGUGACCUAUGGAAAAAUGUAGAAUGCACAGCUUUUUUUCCUUCUACAAAGUUGUUAAUUACACAAUAUGUUUCCAUUCAAUAAGAGGAUUUUUUAAAGUAAA